GUGUGAACAAGGAAGGCGUGGUAGCAUGUGCGUCAGGGACAGGUUCUGCAGAAGGUGUGCUGCAUGAUGCGGAACCUACUGGAACCUUAUGGCGGGGACAGGGGCGUUAGCUGGGCUUCUGCAAGUAGAGUGUUAGAUCGCAGGUGGCUGAGACUUCACAGUGCCCACUGAGAGACCAUCCCAAGGGGCCUAAAGCCGAUCGGGAGGUUGGUGGGGGUGAGUCAGGAGGGUGUGGUCCCUGUGGGCUCUCGCCCCCCUCAAUCCUGCCGCUAGCUAGCUACAGAACCCAAGGCAAGCCACCCCGUCACUCACUGGUUGGAGCUACAGGCACCUUCCAUGUCUGGCCCCUUACUGGUCAGCCGAGAGAAAAGAGGGCGGGAUAACUAAGUCUUCUCCUUCUGAUUGGUCAACUCGUGUUGGUUCUUGUCAAUUGGAGAUGAACCUCGUUCUCUGCCAUGUUGGAUAGCACGCUGCAAAGCCUGAUCUUUUCUGGGGCGGUCACACGACACCCGGUGCUUUCCGAUUACGCUAUGCCCCAAUAUGUAAAAUUUAGUAAAAACGCGCUCUAUCUGCUUAAAGUUCGUAUGCCGCGAGAAGUCCUGGUUUAGGUGGUUAGACCGAAAAAAAGCAAGAAUAAAAUAGAGAAAGGCUCAGUCCCUAGCCCUGGGUGUCAUUCACGUGAAUCUGUAACGAUCUCGGCGCCGAUGAGACUAUCAUUGAGCAACUCGCUUGAGGAUGACGUUUGAUAUUGGCUUGCUGUGUAGUUUCAGACAGUUAUCCAGAAUGCCCCGUUCGUUAACCGCAGGCUUGUACCAGAAACCAUCAUUGGACUUUAGUUGGAUGGAGGGUUCGGGUUUGUGACAGUGAGAAAGGACAUUGCAUGUCUGUCUUUUGGUCCCUCGCACCUCCUGUAGCGUCCCUAGUAACCGAGCCCCUAGUAACCGCCCGCCCCAAGCCAGGAUCUGCGAGGUCGGGGCGGCGCCAGCUCACCCGCCCCGGGCCGGCGCGGGCGCUGAGGCUCGAGGCGGGGCGAUGGCUUCCCCGCACCGGGCGGCCAGGCAGGCGGCCGCCAGUCUCCACCUGCCGGUAAAUCCCACCACCGGAGCAAGGGGCGCCCAGUACGAACACGAAGACCCCUUAGAGUCCUUGGUAGCAGCGGCGUUGGCGGCAGCCGUGGAGGAGGAACAGACAGGGAUGCGGCCGGCGCGGGCGUCGGCUGGUGGUGGUAACAGCUUUCCUAGGGAGAAUGAAGGUGUGACACUCCAGGACGUCAUGGACUUUUCUGAUAUUUACCACUCUAAUGAAGAGUAUUUCAGGAAACUAAGAGAGCUGAAGGCUGCCCAUGCAGAAACCAUGGCAAAAUUAGAGAAAAUGUACCAGGACAAGCUAAAUAUAAAAGACAUCCGGCCAGUGAUCAUCAGGGAAGAUUCUUCUAGUGUCUCCUCUGGUUCUGCAUCGGAAAAGGACUGCCCUCACCCUGUCUUGUUAGUGACAUCGUUUUCAGAGCCUGAGGUAGGCCGGUCACCCUCCUUGUCCACCACUUCUGACGAGGAGCCGCCCACCCUGGAGAGAGAGACUCCCAGGGGAAGCAGACUGACAGCCUAUGCCAAGGAGCUCAUCAACAACAUGUGGACUGGCUUUUCUGUAGAAGAUUAUAUUCAGCACAACUCUGACUUCCAAACAGCUAAGAAAACAAGGAAGAAACCCAAAACCUGGGUGCCCACAAUUACGGUGCCCGUGCCCUUUCAGAUGACGCUCAGGGAGCAGAAGAGGAGAGAGGAGGCGCAGAAGAGGAGAGAGGAGGCGCAGAAGGCCCGAGCGAAUCUGGAAAGGGACGGGGACGACGUCGACGACGCUGAGUGCAAGAGGAAAUUCCGAGCCAAUCCUGUCCCCCCCUGCCUGUUCCUGCCCCUGUAUGAGGAUCUGGUCAGGCAGAAGGAAGAGCAAAGGAGGACCGCCAGGGAGAGGAACAAAGCCGCGCUCCUGGCCUCCCAGAGGCCAUUCAAGUUCAUUGCCAGGGAGGAGCAGAAGCGGGCGGUCCGGGAGAAGCAGCUGAGAGACCUUUUUAAGUCUAAGAGGAAAACGAAGCGCUUUAAAGCCAGACCCAUGCCUCAUUCUAUUUACAGGUCAGCUUCCAGUGACAAGUCGAAGGAAGAAGAGCUCUUUCGGAACAUCAGGAUGCAGCUAAGGGCCCAAGAACUGCUGCAGAAUCCAUCCUGGCCCUAUAGGCCAGCUGGCAGACCUUUCAGGGACCCCAGAAGUCCUGGAAAGCCACGGGGUAAACACAGGUGUAGGUGCCUGAGCCCUGAUGAUGGAGACUUGGCUGAGAACCGAUGGAAGGAGCCCUCCUCAGAACACUGCUUCCUGAACCCCUCCACUCUUUAUAAACAGUGUGGUCUUCAGGAAUCCCCGUGUGACUCUGCUAAAAGACAGAAAGUCUUGGCAGACAUGAGAGCAGUCGAAGAAAAUCUGAAAGAAACAUGCUGGCCUUAUCUGUCUCCAAGGCGGAUGUCCCCGGUCAGAAGUCCGUGUGCAAAGCCCAGGCCUGGUCUGUGGAGCCCUCCAAUGCCUACCCUGUCUUCCCGAGGGCGGGAACAAGCCAUCAGGAAAUCACUUGAGGAAAAGAAAAUGUUGGAAGAAGAGAGAAAUCGGAUCCUAACUAAACAGAAGCAAAGAAUGAAAGAAUUGCAGAAGCUCUUGGCAACCCGAGUUAAAGCUUAUGACGCACAUCAGGGCUUAGCCCAGGUGUCUAAAUCCAGAGUAAACCAUCUCAGAGAGAGUGAAAAGGCAAGGAUGAAAGAGUAUCGACAAGAACUGGAAGAAAGAGAUGAGAAACUUCAGAAGAGGCCGAUGCUGUUUGAAAGAGUUGCCCAGAGAAAUGCAAGAUUGGCAGCAGAAAAGCAUUAUUCUGACACCCUAAAAGCACUAGGCCUGUCUGAGGAGUUUGUUACAGAGAAAGGCCAAGGUGGAAAAGUGUCUGAGAACAUCACCAGGCCAGAGCCGAGAAGCCACACAUCGGAUAAAGAAAGCUCUUAUGAAGAAGAAAGAGAGAAUGAGGAAGAAAGCUCUUUUCUUGAUGCCAGCAGCCAGGACUCUCACAAGGAAAGCACGGGAGAUGUUAAAGAAAGCAGAGAAGAAAAUUCUGAAGAGUGAACCUGAGUCAAAGGCUUCCGCUCACGGAGCCCUUCCUUUCACACGCAGCCUCAGGACCUCAGCCCCGCACCGUGCUGCCCUGAACACAUGUGGGGACAGCUCCCACGCAUGCAGAGCCGCUGAACCAAGGCGUCCUGUCUGGAAAAGGCUGUGUCCACACAACGGCUGAUUGAUUGCUAGAUUACAGCUUUGCUGUCUGCAGUUUUGAAAUUGCUAUGUGUGCUGUUUGUGAUUAUGAUUAUAUUUUAUUUUCAAAGUGUUUGAGGGUUGGAGAACCACAGCUGUCACAAAUGGGUUAGUUAUGGAAAUGUACAUUUAUAUUUGGUAGGGAAAAGAGUUUGGUAUUGAGAGAACUAUUAGCUUUUGAAGAUCUAUUUUUAAAUUUACUAAGUAUUUUCAAUUUUUUCAAAUAAUAUACAGAAAAAAUAGGUACUUAGAAGUGUACUGCUAAAUUAUCCAUACCAUGGCUACUUUUUCUUUUUUUGCCCUUUUUUUGUGGAGAUUAAAUCCAGGGUUCACAUAUACUUUAACAUGAAUUCUACCAUUGAGCUGUACCCCUAAUCCCCUCAAAUCCUUUUUGAUAGGUAAAGUAUUAAAAUAAUUUAUCUUACUUUGUAUGUAUGUAUUACUGCACAUGGAAUAAUUAUGGCAUUUGCGUGUGGUAAUCUUUUUGUUUCUUUGUUUUUGUUUUUGUUUUUUUUGAGACAUGGUUUCUCUAUGUAACAGCCCCGGCUUUCCUAGAACUCGCUCUGUAGACCAGCCUGGCCUCAAACUCAAGAGAUCCACCUGCCUCUGCCUCCUGAGUGCUGGGAUUAAAGGCGUGCGCACCACCAUUGUUCAGCAUGUGAGGUAAUCAUAAUUGAGAUAUAUAAGUCCCUGUUCUAAAUAUGCUGAAUUUGUGAUCCUAACUUGUCAAAGGAAAAUCCUAAAAGUAGCUCAAGUUUAAUUUUUGUAUUGCUAACUUACUGUGAUUAACUUUGUAUACACUGUUACAAACUUACUGUCUCUGUUCAAGAUUUAAUUUGAUCUUGAGUCAUUUUUCCCUCUUUAAGUACAUUUUUGUUUUGAAAAUUCAAACUAAUCUUUAAAAUGCUACAAGGUAAGACAUUGCCAUUCUGACAAUUAGCUUUACAAAGGACUAGAAAUAAAGGUGGGCGACAACAUCUCCCAGCUGCUUCUUUUGCUUAGGAAGAUGUGUUCUCAGCUGGGGCUCAUGUGACAUUCCUGCUGCUCUGAUUAGAUUGCUAAGUCCUUUAGAGGUGGCGUUAUUUGAAAAGUCACGUUGUAUCCCAUUAGCUGUUAACGCGGGGUUGUGCAUAAGGGAGACAGCUUAAUGCAGAUUUGAAUGAGGGGAUGAAUGGCCCUCAAUUAUAGUCACAGUUACUUCAGAGUGUACGAAUGGAUCUAGAAACAUUUCCAACUUACUGAGGACUUGUACAACAAUCCACAAACUGUCUGUCAUAUUUAGAAUGUUACUUCUACUCUCCUCCCCUCGAUUUCACGGAGAGAGUGUGGUUUGAGGACAUUAAAGACAUCAGAACCCAUCUGCAGUUUUCUUAUCUGUUGAAAUGGGGAUAGGACCUCUUUGUUGUGGAAAUCUGUUACAGCCCGUUCCUAGUGCUGGGGAUGAAACCAGGGCAACAGUGGCUGCUAAGUGUGUGCUUUCCCACCGAGCCCCGCUCCAGCCUCUGUUUCAACUGGCUUGUUUGUUGAGAGCCUGCCUUGCGGCCCAGAUUGGUUCAAAUUCGCAAUCCUGUUUUAGCCUCCAGAGUGCCGGCAUUGCAGAUGCACACCGCCGUCCCAGCUUGAUCUGUACUUUUAAAAAAGACUUUAUUAUUUUUCCCUUUCUUUCUUUCUUUCUUUCUUUCUUUCUUUCUUUCUUUCUUCCUUCCUUCCUUCCUCCUUUCCUUCCUUCUUUCCUUCCUUCCUUCCUUUCUUUCUUUCUUUCUCCCUUCCUUCCUUCCUUCCUCUCUCUCUCUCUCUCUCUCUCUCUCUCUCUCUCUUUCUUUUUUCUCUCGUUUUUCUUUUUCUUUUUUGAGACAGGGUAGAGCUUGGCUGUCUUGAAUCUAAUUCUGUAGACCAGGCUGACCUCAAACUCAAGUGCUGGGAUUAAGGCCUGUGGCAUCCCAUCAGGUUAUUUGAUUCUUUUUUAAGAUUUAUUUAUUAUAUUAUGUAUACAGUGUUCUGCCUGCAUGUAUGGUGUAUGCCUACAGGCCAGAAGAGGGCACCAGACCUCAUUACAGAUGAUUGUGAGCCACCAUGUGGUUGCUGGGAAUUGAAUUCGCGACUAUCUAGAAGAGCGGCCAGCUCUGAGCCAGCUCUCCAGCCCAAAAUUUUAUUCUUAAUUACAUGUCUGUGUGUAUAUGUAUGUGUGGGUAUGUGAAUGCGAAUUCAGGUGCCUAUGGAGGCCAGAAGAACGUGUCAGCUUCCCUGGAGCUAGAGUUCCGAGUGUUUUGAGCCAACUGAUGUUGGCUGCUGGAAACCAAACUUGUGUCCUUUGCAGGAGCAGUACGUGCUCUUAACCACUGAGCCAGCUCUCCAAAUCCCGCCAGCUUGAUACUAUAACUGGAAAAUAAUCAUUAGGUGUCAGGAAUGAUCCUCAAAAAAGAUCAAGGAAAGAAUAUGGCCCAUGGUUUGGUUGGUAACGAUUUUCCUUUUUCUUACAAUUUUUUUAAAGAUUCGUUUUUAUUUUAUGUGUUAGUUUCUGCCUGCAUGUACAUCUUGUCUGUGUACCAUGUGCAAUACAGUGCCCUCAGAUGAGGGUGUCAGAUUUCCUAGAACUAGAAUUACAGUUAGUUGUGAACCUCCGUGAGGCUGGAAUUGAACCUGGGUCCUCUGGAGCAGCCAGUGUUCUCAAAGGCUGAGCCUCUUACUGUGUUUUUAUGUUGCUGAGGCUGGCACUGUGUUCAGUGAAGAUGGAAAACCCUCUAGUCUGAACUUUCCUUGCAGCUAGGUGGGCAUAUCAUAACACAUUAGACAAAGAAGUGGGUUUGGGAAGCCCUCUGACGGAAAGACAGCAGCUUGGCCCCUUGGCCAUUUCUCUUUUUCUCGUCUUGAGUCAUUGAGUUUUCUCUAAGCAGAAUAGUGUUCUUGAUUCAAGAGAUGUAGCCAGCUCCUUGUCUCCCACUCUCUGUGAUGUGAGCAUGCAGCAAGGGCCAUCAUUUACUCUGUUUGAAGACUGCUUACUUUUCCAAAAAGAAAAAUAUCUACAUUAGCUUAUGAGGAUGAAACCAGAAAAUAGGGUGUCAACAUUGGAAAACAACACCAGAGCCUUGCUUAAGUAAUAUUUCUGUUCUCUUUUGAUUAUUAAUAAAGCACAUGACCACCUCUUC